CAUAUCUUCAACGGUCUAUUUAAACUUUUAAUGAAGUACAAGAACAGAAAGUGUAUAAAUUGAAAUUUUAAAAAUUUCAAAAAUCAUUUCGGUAAACAAAAUGAUACCGGUAAACACACAUUGGAUGUUUUUGACAUUUAUUAUACUCCAGAGCAUUGUGAUCUUCACGGUACCCAAUGUCCAAGGAAAAGCCGUUGGAAGAAAAGAAUCGAGACUAACUCCCAAUGAACUGAGACAAAGAUAUGAAUCCGUGAAAUCCAAGAGGACAGCACACAGUAAUGUGAUACAAGAGGAAGCGGAACUAUAUCAAUCGUUACUCCGCACUAUCCGUGAAUAUGAGAAGAAACAGAGUCCAAAUACCAACGAGGUCAAAAAGAUAACCCAACCAGAAGACGGUGCAAAACUCAUAGAGGAUGCCCUGAAGGGUAAAGUGGAUCCGAAUUCUGACGUCGUGAAUCUUGUGGAGAGUAUGUUUGUGGAUGAAGGAAACAGACACGAUCUACAACCCGAGGGUAUUAACAAGAUUGCUUCCGAAAAAGGAAAGGUUUUUGGAGACACGCAUGACGGCCAUAAACUGACACCGGGCCAGGUUAAAGAAUUAAAGGGCGGGAAUGGAAAGGGAAAACGAAAUUUUUGGAGAGAUGCUCGACUUUGGACAGACAAAAUAAUUCCGUACACCAUUGCCAGCUCCUUAUCCUCUGUCCAGGGAAAUGUAGACACAAUCAACAAGGCAAUCCAACAGUUUACCGACUACACCUGUUUGAGAUGGGUUCCUUAUGGGUCUGCCGAAGCAAAUCAGGCCAGCUAUCCAAAUUAUGUGGAGUUCUUCUCUGAAAGUGGUUGUUGGUCGUACGUUGGAAGAGUGGGAUCAGGCAAACAAGAAAUCAGUCUUCAGUCUCCUGGUUGUGUUUCGGUAUCAACAACCGUCCAUGAAAUGGCGCAUGCUAUUGGACAAUUUCAUGAACAAUCCAGAAAUGAUCGUGAUAAUCAUGUCACCAUGGUCUGGUCAAAUAUCGACGACGGUCAAAACAACACCAAUAUGCAGAAAUAUAACACCUUCGAUUAUAAUCCAUAUGACUAUCAGUCUGUGCUUCAAUACAGUUUAACGUCAUUUUCCAUAAAUGGUAAGGCAGUUAUGAAGUUCCAUGACCGUCGGCUGGAGUUUUUGGCUGAUUCAGCCACUGGACUCAUGUUUUAUGAUAUUCAGGAUGUCACGGAUGCAUAUGAUUGUACCAGACCCUGUCGGGGCCCGAGUGGUAAUGAUCCCUUGAAGCAGUGUCAGAACGGAGGGUUUGUAAUCCACACCUGUGACUGUCUGUGUCCGUAUGGUAUCACUGGAGACCUGUGUCAGACAGUGGACACUGAUCCAGAAUGUGGUCCAGGUUUAAUAACCUUAGCUGACGGAGAAACCAAGACCAUAACUACACCUAAUUUUAAUACUGGGGGACCAUAUCCUACCGGAAAACGAUGUGUUUGGUUGGUGAAGUCUUCUAGUGGUAAGAAUGUAGCUAUGAAGAUAGACGAAAUGGAUUUAUCAACUGAUGACGGCGCAUGCGCUCACUGGCUAGAGAUCCAGUACAAUCUGAUUGGACAGAGCGGACCAAAACGCUGUGGAAAGUUCUCACAUGAGACCUACGUGACGUCAGACUCCGGGAACCCGUCCAUGAUGUUACUAAUAUUUAACAGCUCCUUUGCUUCUAAUGUCCAAGCGGGCAAGGGAUUUACUUUGUCUGUGUCCUCUGUCGGUGCAGGCUGUAAAUCUACCCCGUGUGUCUUUGGAGCAUGUACUGACGUUGGAUCCAGUGAUUUCAACUGCGCAUGUGCUUCCGGAUAUACUGGACGGCUUUGUGAUACACUUGUUGGGGAUACAGUCUGUGACUUUGAAGGAGAUGUUUGUGGCUUUAGCAACUUAAAAUCAGACUCCUACGACUGGGUUAUAAAAUCGGGAUCUACGCCUUCUGGAGGCACCGGUCCUUCUCGAGCCAGGAGCGGAUCAAACUAUUUAUAUAUAGAAAUGUCAUACCCUGUACCUACUGGGACUACCUUUCAUUACGAAACACCUUUCCUGACAGCUGGUCAAAGAUGUCUGGUGUUCUGGUAUCAUAUGUAUGGUUCUGGUAUGGGAACCUUAAAUGUGCUUCGGGAUUCAACUACAGUGUGGACCAAAAGUGGAAAUCAGGGGAAUCAAUGGCUUAAAGCUGAAUUAAACAUACAAGGAUCAACAAAUUAUAAAGUGAUUUUUGAGGCAAUAAGGGGGAGUGAUUACAUGAGUGAUAUUGCUUUAGAUGACAUUUCCUUGACCUCCGCUGCAUGUGGUUCCCCUACAACAACAACUACUACAACAACAACAACGACGACGACAACGCCAUCAACAACAACGACGACGACAACGCCAUCAACAACAACGACAACGACAACGCCAUCUACAACAACGACGACGACAACGCCAUCAACAACAACGACGACGACAACGCCAUCAACAACAACGACAACGACAACGCCAUCUACAACAACGACGACGACAACGCCAUCAACAACGACGACGACGACAACGACACCAUCAACAACAACGACGACGCCAUCAACAACACAAUCAACAACAACGACAACAUCAACAACCACAACCAGUCAACCAGGAGAAAUCAAUCAAAUAAAUUGUGAUUUUGAAGAUGGGAAUUGUGAACUUAGUAACCCUAUGUCACAAACUUACGACUGGACAAUUAUCUCGGGAGGAACACCGUCUAAGACCACUGGACCCUUCAGUGCUCACGGAGGGACUAGAUAUCUGUAUGUGGAAACUUCCUCUCCUGUCCCCUCUGGAAACAAAUUUUACUUUGAAUCACCAUUUAUUGUUGGCGGGUCUAAAUGUUUGACUUUCUGGUAUCAUAUGUCCGGUACUACUAUGGGAACACUUAAAGUUCUACAGAAUGGAAAUCCAAUCUGGACUAGAUCCGGAGAUAAAGGAGUGGAUUGGAUUAGAGCUGAUGUUAACAUAGGAACAGCAUCAAGUUAUAAAAUAUCGUUUGAGGCCACCAAGGGAACCAGCUACUCUAGUGAUAUAGCAUUGGAUGAUAUUUAUACAACAACGGGAACUUGUAUUCCAAGCCAGAUAAAUUGUGACUUCGAAGAUGACGAUUGUCCACUUCGGAAUCCUCGAACACAAACUUACGACUGGAGUAUCAUUUCGGGAGCAACGCCUUCAAGCAGUACAGGGCCCACUGGUGCCAAAGUUGGAUCUAAUUAUUUGUAUGCAGAAACAUCUUCCCCAGUACCCGUAGGGAAUAAAUUUCUUUACCAAUACCAGUUCGAUGAUGGUGGAUCCAGGUGUUUGAGAUUCUGGUACCAUAUGUAUGGAAUAGGAAUGGGAACACUUAGCGUGCUACAGAAUGGAAACCCGGUCUGGACUAAAUCAGGAAAUCAAGGAAACCAGUGGAUGGAGGCUUAUGUAGACAUUGGAACAGCAACAAAUUACAAGAUUUCGUUUGAGGCAGUAAAGGGGAAAGAUUAUAGAAGUGACAUUGCACUAGAUGAUAUCUCUACAUCAAGUGGUACCUGUGGUUGUGCGGCUGCGCCCUGUGUCUAUGGAACUUGUAGUGACGUUGGUAAUGACUGUUCCUGUGAUAGCGGUUACACAGGGAGGCUCUGUGAUACAAUUGAUGCUUCAAGUGCUAUAUCCUGUGAUUUUGAAAAUGACGAUUGCACGCUUCAGAAUUCUGAGGCUCAGACUUAUGACUGGCAAAUCAAUUCGGGAGGAACACCGUCAAAUAGUACAGGGCCUUCUAGUGCUAAAAAUGGAAACAACUAUUUAUACGUAGAGACGUCUUCCCCUGUACCAAGUGGGAACAGAUUUAAGUACGAAUCUCCCUUCCUUGCCGGUGAAAACAGAUGUCUGAGAUUCUGGUACCAUAUGUAUGGCAGUGGAAUGGGAACACUAAACGUUUUACGAAAUAAUACUCAGGUCUGGACUAAAUCAGGAAAUCAAGGAAACCAAUGGAUGGAAGCCUUUCUUAAUGUUGGAACAACAGCAAACUACAAGAUAACCUUUGAGGCUGUGAAGGGGGUAGACUACAGGAGUGAUAUAGCCCUUGAUGAUGUUUCUAUUUCAACUUCCGAUUGCACUUAGAUGAGAAUCCAUUCUUCGACAUAGUCUGUAUAUCGAUGGCAAGUAUAACAAACUACAACAAAAAUACAAGCAUCAAACGCAAUGCUCUCUUGAUGUUUCCUCACAAGUAGACUAUUUACGUUGCAGGAACCUUUAAUACACCAGUUAGAUGGACUCUACUCAAUACAUUAUAUCUCAAUAGUUUAACUGUGACUAGUGAAAACUAUGCUUGUCCUUUGUCAUUCAACGUUUUAAAAAUGUGUAAAAUUUGAUAUGUUUCAUUAUAAUUCUUUCUCAUUAAAAACAUGCACCUUUG